AUGCCGGAGGUGGCAGUUCAGACUGGUCAUUCGACUCCCAAUCCCUUGGAUUCAGGCUCCCUUUCCCAUUCCUUCUAUGCACCUGAGGGUGCUGUCUUUGGCCUUCAAAAAGCGCCCUUUUUUUCCGCCUUCACGCGGCCUAGUCUCGAGGAACGUCGUCGGCGUAUGCGACUGCGCUAUGACCUGGCGAGUCGCUCUCUUUCUUGGGGCCUUGUGGUGGAGCCCUAUUUGACCCCGCUGAUGGCGGUCAACAUCGUCCUGGGCGAGCUUGGGGCGGCCCCAAUCACCUCUGAUGAGGCCCGUGUCGCUAUCGAUCGGGUCGUCAACUACUACGCGAGGGAGGUCCGCUCUCCCUCGCCCUGCGAAGGGGCCAGGAGAAGACGAAGAAAAGAAAAAGGGGAGGGCGAGCAGGGGGUGGUCCCGAGCUCGCAGGGGUCAAUUUUGUCCACCCUCAAUGCGUCACAGGUGAUGACAACGCAACGGCGCGGCGAGUGGGAGAGCCGGGCUGCGAUCCUGCAGGACGCUCUCCUUGUGGAGGUGCUGAGGGAGCUCUGCGCGUCGCCACGGAGGGGCUGCGCGCUGAAAGUGAGCCGCAUGCCCGACCGCGAGGUCCGCCGGAUGCGCGGCAAACGACGCCUUGGGCUCAUCGAUGUCCUGCCGCAGCGUCGCGCUGUUCUGCUCGCCGACCGCUGCGACCCCUCUUUUGCGCUGAUCUAUGGUGUUGUCGGCGGUCCGCCGCGGACCGCCAAAUCCAGAUUUCACAUGUCAAACUCGACUUUCUCGAACAAUGCGGAUGAACACCCCAACGACGUGUCUGAUGGUAUCACAUACAUGCAGGUGCUCGCCGUUGCGCACCAUCCAGUUCCAUGGCGACGGAUUAUUAAGACGCACUUUCCCUCUUUUUCAGCGAAAGAGCUCGCCGUCGCGUUUAUCGAGAAGGUUGAUAAGGUGAAUGACGGGGAGGCGGAGAAUGCCGUGGUGCCCAGUCGUCAGUCCUCCACACAACCAAUUCUUCUGGGCGAGUGGGAGGACUCCAGCAGCCUAGCCAACCACCUCAAGGAGGGAGAAGUUCACGUAAAUCAAUACAACAAUAGAGAAAUAAACUCACAAGGAAAUAAAGGCGGUGCCAAAUCGAGAGGUAUGGAUAUAUCAACAUUUACAGUUAAGGAUCAUGAUGUGGAAAAGGUUCAGCGCGACGCAGAUGGAUUAUUCUUUCAAUCUUCAGCCUCCUCUUCUUAUUGUGAGAGUGAGUCAAGUGAGAUUGAAAGCGUAGGAGCAACUAACGUCAUACCGAAAACUAGCCUUUCGAGAACAGCUCAACCAUUUUUUACGAGAGAAAAUACUAUUUCAAAUGACCCGUUACUCUCCAUUCCACAUACCGGUAAUCAGGGGUACCAACUUGGUCGGGGAAAGCGGCACUGGCUGGAGCGUUUUCUUCCCAAAAAAUAUUUAAAUGGGUCAGGAUCACUAUUUUCGGAUAUGCGUCAUUUUUCGGCCAACGAUGAUCAAUAUACUGAAGUUAUCUAA